AUGAAAAUAAUAUUAUCACUUUGUAUCAGUUUUAUUAUCAUAUCACUUGUUAAAGCAUCGAGUUAUGUUUUUAUUCAAUCACAUCAACAUGCUGGAUGUACAGACACACCAUACACACAAAUAUAUGCCAUGUCUGAUGUCUGUAUAAAUGGUAUAACCUAUGGUUGUGAAGGAAAGAAUGUAGUCAUUACUGGAUUCAAUAACUUUGGUGCCUGUCAUGGAAACAACCCAAUCAAACCAAUUACCAUUCCACAAGGCAAGUGUACUCCAGUCCGCUCAGUUGGUGUAGUUGUUGGAAACAGUGUCGUUGCUGAAUGCGUAGACGAAUAUGACCUUCCAACCAAUGCAUUGACCACUGUCAUUUACAAUUCAACCGAUUGUGAAACCAACUGGGAAGAUUAUCCAGUCCUGGUCGUUGAAACUACCUUUGUGAACGUUUGCAUCAAUCCAGGAGGUGAUGUUGCCUCUAACAAAGUUUCUUCUUGCAACCAAAAGGGUUGGACUUUGGCUGAAUAUGGAAACAGUGAUUGUGUUGGUAAACCUGGUCAAUCUGUUUUUAAUCCAUACCAACAAUGUGAUACUUCAAAUUAUCCAAGUAUUACUCUUUGUAAAUAA